AUGUUUAUAGGUUUGCGAGUUAUCGACCAUUUCAAAGGAUCUAAUGCCAACAUAGAUGACGAUGUGGCAGGAGUAGAUGUUCUUCAAAAACAACUGAAUCGUAUGAAUGGACUUUCUGAUAAAUUGGUCAAUAUUUUAGAUACAUUCGAUGAUAGACUUUUAAAACUUGAGGCAUCUAUCCUCCCCAUACAUAAAUCAACUCAGAAUUUGACAAAACUCGCGAAUAAUAUCGAUGCAACCUUGAAGGAGGCCGAGAGUAUAGUCGAAUGUCUAAAUAUGCCAAGUCGAGAAGAAUCGUUUAUUUUGAAAGGACCAGACGAAAAUAAUGUAUUUCCGUAUCUAAAGGCAAUGGGCCGCUUAAAGGACGGAGUGGAUGCAAUUGAAAAGAGCCAGCUUCAGUCUUGCGACAAAACUACCAAUCAAAUGAAACAAUUGCUGAAAGCAGGCAUGUUACACUUAGAAACUUUGUUCAGAAAGUGGCUUUCUGGUUUAAGCGGUCCUGUCGAUGUGAAUACAAUGCUUAAAUCAAAUUAUGAAGUUAUGGCAACCGCAUCAAUUAAGCAACUAUCUCAGCUUUCAACCUAUAUAUCUGCAUCAGAAAUGGAAACAGGCUAUUCAGUAGAUUUUACAAAAUCAUAUAUUGAAAUUCGCUCCGCUUUUAUGCAACGGUCAUUACAUCCUUUGUCGCAAACUGUACAACUUUCUGAAAAGCAUCAAGGUAGUUCUUAUGAAAGAGGAUCCAGUGAGUUUUUAAAGUAUACAGAAUGUUUUACGAAAAUGUUGGAAGCAGAAAACAACUUUGCAAAACAGAUUAUUAUCAGCGAUCAACGCAGAGCGGCUGCCAUUAGAGGGACUAUUAAGCCGGCAAUAACAGAAUAUGUUGCGGCAGGCAAACAGCUAAAUGCUAUAGCAAAAAGACUGAACUAUACAGAAACUGCAUUUGUGUUUGAUAUUAUCGAAAAGUUUGACAAAGACUGCAUACAUUACUUAGAGGACAUCAGCCGUAUCGUUCCUUUACAUGAGAUCCAUCAAAUGAUGAAUGCAUUCAAAUUAACUGUCCUUCGGAAUUUCUACGAAUUUAUGGAGGAGGUUCGCGGCAGAAAGGAUAUUAAUCACCCAGUGACUUUGUCAAAUGAUGGUACAGUACAUGAAAUGACAAGUAACACUCUGAAUUACUUAAAACGGCUUUAUCUUUGGAGGGAUACAGUUGAGCCUCUAUUAAUUUUGAUAGGCGAUGGAGGCUGGAAUGUAAUGCCUUCACCUCAAAUUUUAGCAGAUAUGUCUCGCAUACAACAGGGAGAAUCAGCUAUUGGAACGGCUCUCUUAGCCAAAUUCUUUGUUGACGCUUUAGAUCAAAUGACAUCGACACUUCAACAAAAAUCAAGAGGUUAUAAAAAGCCCACCCUUGCCACCAUCUUCCUCCUUAACAACUAUAACCAUAUUUUGAGACAAAUUCGUUCUCCUCCUCUGAACGCUAUAUUCGAUGAUGCCUCCGAAAUGCAAUUUAGCAAAUUGGUUAAGAAACAAUUAGAUGCUUAUCAAGAAUCAUGGAAGCCAUGUGUUGAGAAUUUGAUGGAUGUAACAUAUGUACAGCAAGGUGCUAUCAAGAAAACUAUGGGCAGUCAAGAAAAGCAAAUGGUCAAAGAUAGAUUCAAAAACUUCAACACAGAAUUUGAAGAAAUUACAAGGGCACAACAAACUUACGCUAUCCCAGAUACUGAACUACGAAAUCAAGUUAUUCGUGAUGUCAAGAAUGUCCUUAUACCAAUGUAUGGACGCUUUCUUGAGAAAUAUCAAAAUACAGAUUUUACAAAGAACCCUGUAAAAUAUAUCCGUUUUGAUAAAGAAAAGAUUGACAAAAUGCUUAGUCACUUAUUUGAGCCUACAGCGUAUUAG